CACACUCUGCAGGUUCAUCCAAGCGGAAGCUAUUUUGCUGUAGGUGAGAAGGGAAACAUGCCCAACAUUAUAGUCUACGAAUAUCCUUCGCUGAAGCCAUACAGAAUCAUGCGAGGGGGAACUUGGGAAGCUUAUGCUUUUAUUGACUUUAAUUCAUCGGGUACUCUGCUGGCCAGUGUAGGGGGCAGUCCCGAUUAUAUGCUCACCAUCUGGAAUUGGAAGCAGGAAAGAAUAGUUCUGCGCUCAAAAGCAUUUUCACAGGAUGUUUAUCGGGUCACUUUCUCACCAGAAAAUGACGAACAAUUGACCACCUCCGGCACAGGACACAUCAAGUUUUGGAAGAUGGUGGAGACCUUCACUGGGUUGAAACUGCAAGGUGAACUUGGCAGGUUUGGCAAGACUGCGCUGACAGACAUUGAAGGUUAUGUAGAGUUGCCAGAUGGAAAGGUUGUGUCUGGCUGUGAAUGGGGUAAUAUGUUGUUGUGGGAUGGAGGUCUUAUCAAAGUGGAACUAAGCAGAAAGGAUGGCAAGCCAUGUCACCAAGGACCUAUAAAUCAAUUUGUACUGGAUGAAGGAGAACUUAUUACUAUUGGUGCUGAUGGGUAUGUGCGGGUCUGGGAUUUUGAGACCAUUGACACAGCGGAAUCUUAUGAUGAGGAUUCUGUAUUAGAGAUGGAACCAAUGAAUGAAUUGCACGUUGGCAGGCAUGUUAACCUCCGGUUCAUGGUGAAGUUCAAAGACUCAAACUUUAUUUGGUGUGCCCAGGAUGCCAAUGGCAAAAUCUGGAAACUUGACCUCUCCUUUUCAAAUAUUACCCAAGACCCUGAGUACCUGUUUUCUUUCCAUUCUGGGCCGAUCCAGGCCAUGGACCUUUCACCACUCACCUAUCUGAUGGCAACAACAGCACUUGACCGCACAGUGCGCAUCUAUGACUUUGUGAGAAAAAAAUCAAUGGCCACUGUGAAAUACAGUCAAGGAGGAACUGCAUUAACCUGGGCACCUCUUGUGCUGUACCCAAAGGGAAACAUGAUUACUGUAGGGUUUGAAGAUGGUGUCAUCAGGAUCUUGGAAAUCUAUAACCCGAAAAGCCUUGCGCAUGUUGCUGGCCGAUCAAAAGUUGGUGAGAUUGAAUUUCGACUAAAACAGGCCUUGAAGCCACACACAGCGGCUGUCACUGCUAUUGCUUAUGAACAUAGUGGACAAAUGCUUGCAACAGGUAGCACAGACAACACAGUGUUUUUCCUUCUAACUGGGAAUAAAUAUACACCAGUGGGAUUCAUCAAGGUACCAGGACCAGUUGUGAGCUUGGAGUGGUCUCCGCCUACUCGUGAGAAAGCCAAGUUACUCAUAUUUUGUGAAAAUGGUUACGUGGUUCAAGCUGCGUAUCCAGAAUUUAAGGAACUCGAUACAACAUUAACAUUUGAAAUUCCCCUUCUGAAGCAGUGUUUUCAUUUCAAGAGCAUCAGGUCGAGCAUUGAGAGAAAUGCAGAAAUUGAGCGGAGGCAGAAGAUAAAGGAUCAAAAAGAGAAAGAAAAGCAAGAAAGGCUCAAAGAAAAGAAGAAAAUGACAGAAAAGAAUCCAGAAUUGGCUGCUGAGCAAGAGGAAGAGGAAGAGGACGAGGAGGAGGAAGAAGAGGAGGAAGAGGAGCCACUCCCAGCGAUAUAUAUUCCUCCUGAACCAAAUGCCGUAUUAUGUGGUUUCUACUCAAAUCCGGGGUGUUUCUGGUUAUCUGUGCAAGAGCUGUCGGCCAAUCACAGCUCUGCAACUCUUGUGCUCAGUGGUGCCACAGAAGAGGCUGUGGCUAUUGCUGGAACAGCAGCCACAGGAUUGAAGAGGAUCCAGGGCAAAGAUGACCAAAAGCUUAGUCAAGGUUUUAGGCAAAUUAAAGGCAGUAGAGAGAUGGAGAAGUUUAGCGAGGGUAUUCCAGAGCCUUGGAUCUUGUCAAUUGAAGACAAGGUGGCCAAUAGUAGUGUGAUUAAAAUUGGUGAUGUGCAGAAGAUGAGAAUUAGAGAUACAAUAAAAGAAGAUUCUGCCGCCGAGAAUGUUGAUUUUGGCGAUCUUGAAGGUGACCAGAUAGAUGAAAGUGAUGUUCGAGAGGAUGAAACAACUGUUGCAGCUGAAGACGAAGUAUGCCAGGUGACUCGGACCAGUAUACCUCUUCGACCAGUUUUUCUGACUUUUCCUUCUGUAACUGACCAAGACCCACAGAGCAGGGAAAUAUUUCGAAAUGCAGUGGAGUUUGACUUGAUCAUUGUGCAUUGCUUUGAAAGUGAUCACAAGGUAUCAACCUACCGGGUAACAUCUUUGUCUGAAAAGUAUCACCAGUUGAAGACUGACAUGAUGAGGAGGAGCUUGGUACAGGUUGACCAGAAAAGCAAAGAGAACCUUUUUAAGGAAAGCAAAGCAACAGGCAUUGAUAAAGAAGAGACUGCAGAACAGGACCUGCAUGUCCAUCUGUUGAAAGGUACACAACAUCCACAAGUAAAGAUGACUGCUGGACUGCGGCAAGUUGAAAGACUGAUAAACAAUUCAGAGAAAGCAAAAAUGAAAAUUGACCAGAGGAAAAACGAAUGGAAACAACUUUACGCGAGCAGACCUGACGAUAAUUAUGAAGAUCCAAAUGAUGUGGCAGCGAUUAAAGAAGCUCAGGAGAAUAUGGGGGAUUUCAAGUUAAAGACUGCUCCUGACUACACCGUGCCAGAACACUUGCGUAUUAAUGCAGAAAAGAAAAGGAACCAGCUCGUUCGCCUCGAGGAGUCGAUUCAUGAACUCAAAGUUGCAAUGAGCGAGAAGGUGGUCUAUCUUCGUGACACAAAAGUCAAUAUUAUUAAACAAAUCACCAGCUUUACUGAGGAGUUGAGGUUGAUACAGACCAAACUUGAUCCUUCACAACAUCUUCCCAUUCCCGCUGUCCCAAGUCUGUACCCUGAUGAAAUGCCUGAGAAGAAGUUCCAAUAUGACCAGGAAAAACUACUCGAAUUCAGGGAAAGAAACAGUUCCAGCACGAAACACAGGAAGAUAUCUGAACAGCUUGGUGAAGAAACAAAAUUAUCUGAAACUUCGAAUACAUCAGAAACCAGCACAAGCCAACAACUAGAACAAAACAUUGCCUCAACCAUUGGCAGUUUUGCAAUCGAACCAUCACCACUAGAGGCUGAAAUCAAAAUCAUUGAAGACAAAACCAAUCUCUAUUUGCAAACUGCAGUGCUGCAGAAGAUCGAUGAUUUGAUAAAGAACUUUGAUGCAGAGGUUCGGGUUGUUUCCCACCAGAAGUGCAAGCUGGACAUCUCCAUGAAAAUGGCUGAUCUCCGGCAAGUUACACUUUUUGAAGAGGUUCUUCUGUUGAAAGAGUUUGAAAAGAGUGAAGACAUUUUGCAGGAACGUGUCAAUCAACGCAUUACUGAGCGUCUCGAAACACAAAUUAAAUCAGAGGAAUGUUUGCAGCAGUUAGAGGCCAAGAAACGUGACGUAGCCAAACUGCAAGAGAAGGAGAAAGCCCUUCAUGCCACCUUCCUGAUAUCCCUGGGUGAAAACAAUAAACAUGCUGAUUUUCUGACCAAAGUCUUCAAGAAGAAAAUCAAACGUAAAAAAAAGAACGAAGCAAAAGUCACAUCAGAGUCAGAUGAAGAGAGUGAUGAAGAAUCAGAUGACGAAUUUGGCUACAGUGAUGAGGAUGAAUCAGAUUCUGAUGAUGGUGGAGUGGAUGACUCUGCUUGUCCAGAGACUUGUGACCCAGCAUUAUUUGAAAACACCCUUCAACUUCGAGAAAAACGACUGGAUAUUGAGGAAUCCUUGGCUGAAGAGAAAAAAACAGUGGAAUUAGUAAAGAAAGAAUAUGACAUGAUUGCUAAGAAGGUAAAAAUUAUUGAAGGAACUGUAAAGUCUGCAAAGAAAGAUCUCGAAGUAUUGCAACGUGAGAAACAACAGAAACUUAAUGAACUGUAUGUCGUCGUUCCUCUGAAACUCCAUCAGGUGGAGUACAUUGUCAAUGGAGACAUGCCAAAUGAUCUUGUACUCGGAUUGGUUUUCACCAAUCCAGCCUUAAAUUUGCUGCAAAAGCGAAUCAAAGAACUCCAGGUGGAGAAGGACGAGCAGCGAGAACUGUUUAAACAAGCGAGGCAGAAACAUGUCCAGCUUCUGCGGGACAAAGCAGAGAUGGAGGCUGAAAUAGCAGAGUUAGAAGAGAAGUGUUAUCAAGAAAUGAUCCGGAAAUUUGGUCGUGUGGUUGAUCUGGAAGCAUUGCAAACACUGUCAGUGAACAUGACCCUCGAGGAACUGAAAGAGAAGAUAAAUGUCAAUGACAUUCAAUUCCAAAGAAGAAAUAGACAAAAGGAUGAGAAAAUAGCAGAAUUGCAAGCUGAGCUCACAGAUUUCACCAGGCAAUACACGUGCAGACUGGAUCAGAUGAAUACGUUGACAUUGGAAAAGAGGAGAAUUGAAACACAGUUAAAUAACCAACAGAAGAAAAUGGGUGUUGAGAUUCAGAAGCAAAAGGCAACAUUGGAAGAGAGGCGGGACUUGAUGCAAAUUGUGGAACAACAAGCAAAAGAAAUUAACAAACUGAAAGAUGAAAUUGGUACACUAAUCCGGAAAGGAGGUCACAUCCUUCCUCCCUCCCAACCACCUUUAGCACAGUGAAGCUCUUAGCUAAUAUACAUAAUGUAUCUCUUUUCUUGCAUUUGUUUUAAAUUUUUGUUUUCCUUGUAUAUGAUUUCAAAUUGGUUUGACAAUAAAUGAGUCAAUAAUAAAUA